AGAGGGUUUCUCAGGUCUCUCUCUAUAAAUGAUUGUAGCGCCACAUGGUGGUCAAGCUCUUCGUGCCUUUUUGUUCAUCGAACACGCGUGAAAAUGGUUCUGCCGGCGAAGAAAACCAAAGGCUCGAUUAAGAAGCAGGUCCUUCGGGGUAAGGGACAGAAGAAAAAGGUGUCCCUAAAGUUCACGAUCGACUGCACGCAUCCUGUGGAGGACAAUAUCAUGGAUGUUAAUAAUUUUGAAAAAUAUUUACAAGAGAAAAUCAAGGUUGGUGGCAAAGUUAACAACUUUGGCAACAAUGUUGUCCUGGAGCGUAACAAGAUGAAGAUCACCGUCAACAGUGAUGUCGAUUUCUCGAAACGGUACCUCAAGUACUUGACGAAGAAGUACUUGAAGAAGAACAAGCUGCGUGACUGGUUGCGAGUGGUGUCGAAAGACAAGGAAACGUACGAGUUACGAUACUUCCAGAUUAACAGUCAGGAGGACGACGACGAGGAAGAUGCGGAAUAAUUCUUUCUAUUCUUUCGAUUACAGAUGCAUCUGUGCAUAUUUCUUUUAAUAAAGACUAAUAAAACUCAAUAUUCUUUA